AUGCCACCGCGAUCCCAAGUGCGUGGGCCGACGUCGGCGCUGACCGAGUUUUUGGCCUCGCAGGGUAUCCGGGCCAGCGAGAUCAAUGCACGUAAGCGUCAGAGUGAAGCUCCGGCACCGCCGCCGGAUCAUGUCACGCCGUCGCGUGCGCGCAUCCCUGCGGGGGCGUCGAUGCAGUUUGACGAGGACGACGACCUCGGCGACGACCUAGGCUCGGGCGACACCGCCACAUGCGUGUCUUGUGGCACCCGCUUUUUUAUCACCCGCUAUACCCCUGUGACUGGCGCAGGACGGCUGUGCACGGCGUGCCGGGACCCAGCCCCACGGCGUGCCCCCAAACGCGUGCGACGCAGCGCUGCGAUUGGCUCCGUGGUGGAUGUCGCGGCUGAUGAGGUGCCGACAUUGCAGUCGCUCUGCAUCAAUAUUGUCGCGCAGUGGAUCGAUCGCAUCGAGGCCCUCGGCGUGCUGAGCGAGCGCAGUCGGCACCAGCUGAGUCGUGUGAUUAGCAAGAAUCGCCGGCUGACCGACCGGACGCUGCCGCUGUUCCUCGGCAGUGGCGUGCGAGAUGUGCGGCUGUAUGACUGCAGUGGCCUGUCCAGCACGGCGCUGCAGAUGAUCCCUCGCCUCGCGCCUGCGUUAGAGCGGCUGCAACUAGACUACUGUGGCCAGCUCGACUCGGUCGCGUUCCGCGCGCUCGGCAGGCUUCCGCAUCUCUCGCACCUCGCCUUGUAUGGCGCCUACCUCGUGCGCAAGGAGGAUUGGCUGGCGUUUUUCGCCGAGCACGGCGCCCAGCUCACGGCCUUUUGCCUGCGCGAAACGGCGCGCUUUGACGGCGCGUGUGUCGAGGCACUCGUACGCCACGCCCCGCAUAUCCAUACGCUUCAUCUCGCGCAGAUUGGAUGCUUGGACGAUGCGUGUGUGCAGCGCCUUGCGGCCCUCCCGCGCCUCGUGCACCUCGAUGUGUCGCAGCCGGGCGUGUCGCAGCUCGGUGUGCCGCCGGCCUCGCUGACCGAUGCGGGCGUCAUACCGCUGCUCCAGCGCCACACACACCUGACAUCGCUGCAUGUCGGCAAGAAUGCGGCGCUGAGCAGCGCCGCGGUCGACGCUAUGGGUCCGCACUUGACGCACCUCGUAGCAGACGGCCUCGUGAACGUGAGCGCCGACGCAUGGAUCCGUCUGUGGCAGCGGUGCCCGCACCUAGCGCACCUGUCGUUGCGCGGCGCGGGGAUCACGGACGCAUGCGUCGCUGCGCUAGCGCAGCUCCCGCACCUGACCACCCUCACGCUCCACAGCAACGCGCUCACGAAAGCAGGGCUCUCAGCUCUGGCGCGCGUGCCUCUGCAUACCCUCGACGUCGGCUUUGUGCGCAGCGUCGACGACGAACUGCUCGAUACACUCGCAGCGUCGAUCCCGACGCUCACGAAGCUCUACGUCUUUGGAUGCCCGCGCGUCACGCACUUUGCACACCCCCGCAUCACUGUCAUAGGCCGCGAGCGCCGCGCUUAG